ACUGAUAUAUAAAUAUGUUUUAUAAUAUAUGUGGUUAUAAGGAUCAUGAACAGGGAAGAGGAUGUGGGACAUGUUCCGAUUUAAUUCAAUAUUACUUCGUACAUGUAUAUUAUCUCAUCAAUAUUUUCUGUGAAAUUUGUUCCAACAUAGUAAUUUUAGAACAUACGGUAUGGGAAGACAUUCAUUAUAGUUAAUCAUUUAGGAUAAUAGAUAAAUCUGAGACUUGUUCUGAAAAGAAAACAUUGGCGGAUAUAACAAACUUUGUUAUUAUCAAUGCUGUAUAACAGUAAGAUUUUGUUUUGCAAAUGUUCUGUUGUGUGAAUUGCUGUGGAAACAUAAACGUGAAAAAAAUAUACAACGCCUGUGCAUAUAAGGUAGCAGUAGCAGCAACAAUUGAUCAGGGUCAACAAAUAUGGAGAAACACAGUGAAGUUGAUGCCAAACUUCAUAUAGACUACGACAGUAUGUGUCAUAGAGUGGCACUGGAGCUAACAACAGAUGAAUUAAAAGAAAUAAAAUUUUUGCUUCGCCAAAAAAUAGGAACUGCAAUCUUAGAGAAAAUUAAAGACGGAAAGGAUCUCGUAAUAAUUUUAGAGAAACGUGAAUAUUUCACAAGAAGUGAUGUUACUAAACUAGAAAAACUGUUAACUGAUGCCAAAGUGUCUUCAUUAGCUACAAUUGUACGACAGUAUAACGAUUGUAUUCCUAGAAUCCCGAAUUUGGAUGAGUAUGAUGGUGUUGCAAGAAAUUAUGCCACUCAUUCAAUGACCAUAGUUCAGAACUUUGUUGAGACUGAAAAUGUGCGAAGACUGGAGGAUAUUAUUACCAGAAAAGGAGCAGUUCUUGUCAAAGGACCAUCUGGUGCAGGGAAAUCGCAAAAUGCAUUUUACUUUGCUAAGAAAUUUAGAUUUAAAAAUCAGCAAUCUAUAGUAUGGAGGGUACAUUGCAAGUCCACUCGGGAAAUACAUUUGUCUUAUGCAAAUUUGAUGUUACGGCUGGGCCUACGCGAAGUUAUUAGAUACAACGAAUUUGAUAUAAGUGAAUGUAUCAAAAAGAUGUUUGAUCGUAUUUAUAAAAGAUUAACGGAAGAUGAGUACUUAAAUAAUAAACAUUUGAUUAUAAUGGACGAUAUGGAAUCACCCAAAUCUGCACAGGAAGUUCAUGAUAUGAUGGAAUAUUUCAUUAUUGCAAAAAACAUAUACGUCAUAGGCACAUCACAACAUCGAUAUUCGCCAAUGCUAACGCACGAAUACGGAAUGGAAGUUUCUAAAAUGACGGAAAAAGAGGUAAUAGAAUUAUUUAAACUCAACGAUAAUGUUAACGAACCUACAGAAAUAAACGAAAUCAAAGAGUUAGCGAAAAACUUAGAUUAUUUACCACUAUGUUUGGCUUUAGCAUCAUCAUACAUUAAAAUUACAAAAACAAGCAUUAGUCAAUACAACAGAAAUUGGUCGGACCUGCAGAAACAAGCACAUGAAAUUUCGGCAGAGGGUAAGAAAUUUGAUGCAUCAUACAUUCUAACAUUAGAAAAGCUAGAGAAAGAUUUGCCAGAAUGUUCUAGAAAGCUUUUGCAAUUCAUACCUUAUUUAAAUCACAACAUUAUUCCUAUUCAAUUAUUCGAAAGCUUGCUAGAAUCUGAUUCCUCAUCAAAAGAAACCGAUGUUAAUACACUGCUAGCUGCUUUACACGACUAUUCACUGGCAGCCAUUAGCGGAACUGGAGUCACUCGUAUUAUAUCCAUCCAUAGCGUUACAGUUUGGUUCUUAGACAAACUGAAAUCCGAGAGCAAAAGACAAGAAGAGCGAUUAUUUUUAUUGCAACAUUUUUGUUAUUAUAUUGACAAUGAUGCGAGACUUACGGAAACAAUGAAUCGAAAUGUAAAGUUUCUUGAGCACGCAUGUUGUUUAUUAAGGAGUCUUGAGAAAAAUGGCGGAGAUAAAUGCUUUGAAACAAAACUUUUUGAAUGCUACUUAUGUUGCAGCGUUGCUGUCACUUUUCAUUUAUAUGGAAACACUCAAGUAUCUGCCGAUUACUUCUUCAAAAAGGCCAAGCUGUUUUUGUUAAAACUGAUACCUCACGAACUCAAAGUAUACGACGCAUUAAAGGAAAGUAAUGUGAAUUUAAAAAGCGUUGAAGAUUUCCUAAGAGGCAAUUAUGAGAUCAAAUCAACAUCCAAAGAAUUAUUUCGAACGCUGACGCGAACAGCAAGAGAAAUUCCUGAUGACAUGAUAAAGAAAUUUGUUUUGAUGAAAUAUAGAAGCUGUAGAGAUAUUCGGUUGUUAAGGGAAUACGGUAAACUAAGCGAAGAAGAUAUUCCAAAGAACCAAAUUCCUAAACAGUGUUUACAGAAGCUCAUAGAGUGCAAAGUAAUCCUGCCUUUGGAAGAUAUUAAGGAAAUUUUUCUUGCCGAGUUAUUCGCAACGAUAAUGUAUAACCAUAGUAAAAACAUGGUAUUUAUUGACGAGACAAAAGAUGAAAAAGAAGACAGCUCAACUGAUUCCAAAACACAUGCGCCUGAAUAUUUGAUUCACAGGGAAGCUUUGCAUGAAUACCAUUAUGCUUUGAACAUUGCCGCACACCUUGAAGACUACAUCCAGGACAUCAACGCAAAUCUUCAUUCUGUCAGAUAUAUUUUGACGAAAAGAGGUGGUAUAUAUUAUUUCAUGCGCAGACUGAAAAGUAAAGAAAUAACUUUUGAAGUAAUCGAAACUAUGAAUGAAAUGAUUAAGUCUUGCAGUGAAAAACUGUAUUUUGACUUUGGGGUUUUGAAAAUGUGUAAGAAUUAUGAUCUUUAUCAAAGGUGUAUGAUACAGAAUAUAUUGCGCAUGUGUAAUUUAGUUCUAUCUGAGCAAGUUCCGGCUGAAAAAGAACGUUACAUACAGCAAGCAUUAGACCACUGUGGUGAAAUGGAAUCUAUUCUUUUAGAAAUGGAUCCUUGGAUAGCUUUAACAAGCAUUCAUUUGGACAUUGCAGAAACGUACAUGACAGUGGUAUCACCGCGCGCCGAAAAAGCUAAACAUCAUUUCAAAAUGGCACUUGAGAAACAAGAACUUCCAACCCGCUACAAACUUAAAGCGUAUAAGAGCUUUGUUCGAUUUUGUCAUCAUCAAGGUGAAGUCGAAGACUUUGUUUUGGCAGAACAUUUCAGUCAAAAAGUACUGAGACAAGCUACACAAGAUGAACAGAAAGAAUUUAUAGUAAACUCGUUAGAAAAUCUGCGUAAAGAGAAAUCAAAACGACUUUCAGAUGGACUGGAAAAUAAAAUGGCCACCUGCGAUGUUAGUAGUACAUGUUCAAGUAAUGAGGAUACAGAGAAAAAAAAUGAAGAUGAACAAAACAUUGAAGAAUUGUCUCACAAAGCACAACAUGCCUCAGAUAUAAUCAGUAGCGUGAGAGACGACUAUGUUACAUCACAAAUGGACAAUAUGGCUAUGGGAGAGAUAUAUCAAGAAAGAAAACAAAUCAAUUCAACACUUGGUCGACUUGAACAGAAUAUUGUAGCUAAAAUCGAGGAAACACAUAAGCAGCUUCUUGAGGUAGAACUUGAGAGGCUUGAUGUAGACAAAAGAAGACUUGAAGUGGAAAAGGAACGAUUAGAAUUGGAAAAAGAAAAAGUGCGACUUCUGUCGAACAACGGCAACAAAACAUAAACAUUGCCAUGUACGAUAUUACCAAAAAAAUCUGUUGAUUGCAUUUAAACAAAUACAAAGUAUACUUGCUUGAACUUUUGUCUAUCCUCACACAAAAAAGUUUUACAACCUCACUUUAUUUUUGUACCAGCUUAUUGAAAUAUUUUUAUUUGAACGAUAAACGAAUGAAUGAACUGAUAUACACAACUUUCAUUUUAUACUGUUCAGCAAAAUAAAUUUUAUUUAAAAAAAACUUUUAUAUAAUUUUAUAAUCAAGAUUUUUGUCGAGUAAAACAUGCACCGUAUGGUUUAUUUUCUUUGUUAUGAUAAUGUAUUUAUUGUUAUGUAUAAAAAAUAUUAUUAAUUUUUUAAAUAUAUUAUGUAGAAUUAAAAUCAGUUUUUGCUUAA